AUGGCCUCCGCAGAGCUCUCUUCCAAGAAGCGCAAGCGCGCCGAGGCCGCCGCCGCCUCCACGGACGACGCCGUGACCAAGAAGUCCAAGUCCGAAAAGAAGGAGAAGAAGGAGAAGAAGGAAAAGAAGGCGGCCGACCCCGAGCCGGCGACCGAGUUCAUCCCCCUCGAGGAAUCCAAGGCCGAGAAGAAAGAGCGCAAGCGCAAAGAGAAGGAGGCCCGCAAAGCGGCCGAGGCCUCGACAGAAGACCCAGCCGACGCCUCGGCCAUGGACGUAGACCCCCCCGCCGCUACGGAGGACUCCAAGAAGGAGAAGAAGAGCAAGAAGUCCAAGGCCGCCUCCGCGGACGAUGAAGACAAGACAGAAAAGAAGGAGAAGAAGGAGAAGAAGAAGGAAAAGAAGGAAAAGGAGGCCAACGGCGACGCCGCUGCCGCUGCCGCUGCCACCGCCGUCGAAGAGAAGCCCGCCAAGUCGGAAAAGAAGUCCAAGAAGUCGAAAAAGUCCAAAGACGAGCCAGCCGCCGAGGCUGUCGAGCCCGCUGCGGCAGCCGGCGGCGAGGAAGAGACCUCCGCCGAGGGAGCAAAGAGGGAGAAGUACAUUGUCUUUGUCGGUAACCUCCCCUACACGGCCAACAAGGAGUCCAUCAUGGCGCACUUCGCCGCCUACAAGCCGACCACCGUCCGCUGCCUCCAUAAGGACGGCAACCCCAACGUCUGCCGCGGCAUCGCCUUCCUCGAGUUCUCCAACGGCUCCAACAUGCGCACCUGCCUCGACAAGAUGCACCACACCGAGUUUGACGACGGUCUGUCGCCCGCGCGCCGCAUCAACCUCGAGCUUUCUGCUGGCGGCGGCGGCAAGAGCAAGUUCCGCAAGGAGAAGAUCAAGGAGCGCAACGCCCACCUCGACGAGAACCGCGCCAAGCGCUUGCAGAAGGAGGAAGAAUACAAGAAGCAGCGGGUGACCCAGGGCGGGGCGAAUUCCCAGCAGGACAGCAUCCACCCGAGCCGCCUGGCCAUGAUGUAUCAGUAG